AUGGAAACCAUCGACCCAAACACUCGGAUGAUGAUCUUGCUGCUGUCGAUUUGGGUGCUACUUUUUGGACCUUUGGUUUUUGGUUCGCCUUUGGAAAUGCAACUUUUAGACAUGAUGUUGCGGGAGGCUGAGGGAUAUCCCAGCAAUGAUCGGGAUCACAGAGAUAUAUCCGUUUUGCCAGCAACUUCUGUAGGUUGCGAUGAAAGUGAAUCGGAUGAACAAUUUGGCCACCUUUUCGAUGAUUAUGAAGAAAGCAAAGAGGAGUGUAUGGAGUUCAUGCCACCUUGUGAACCAUCAUUUAAUGAGGGUCUACCCAUCGAACAUCCAUGUUUUGUGAGAUUACUCCUGCUGAGAACACCACUGCUCAAACAGGAUCCUUGUGCCAAUUUUACACUGGUAACUGAAAAACCAAGCACCACCAUUAAACCUAAGACAAAGAAAUGCAAGCCAAAAGGAAAAGCUAACAAAGUUGAAGAUCCAAAUGUUUUACUUGCGCAACCCAAUAAUGGAACAUCAAAUUCAACAACAAUCUCCCCAACAAAUUCAACAACAGAAGCUCUACCCGAUUCCAAAAUUAUAAAAAUAAAAAAACUAGUGCCAGUGCCAAGAAAACCCAAACAAAAUUCUACUACCACAACAACUACUACAACAACUUUUGAAACCACAACUGUAGAAGAGACCACGACACCAUUCGAAACAACACCCACAGAAGAAUGGCCAGUAACGACAACUGAAUCCGAAAUUACCACAACACCAUCCACAACAACAACAACAAGUACCACAACCCCAUCACCAGCUCCUUAUACUGAUAACCAACUAAAACGAUUAAGAACCCUAAUGAACAGGAGAAGAAAUCACAAGGGAAAGGAACCAAAAGUUCCCGAUCCACCGAAAAUAAAACUAGAUAAUGUCAGCAAGGCCAGCGAAGUUAUCCAGGUAAUUAUGACCACCGAAGCUGCCGAACUGAGGCUGAAACCGAAAGAAAACAGCACCACCACGGUGAUGCCCACAACUACUGUUUCUACAACCACUUCCGGACCGGAAAUAACCACAGAAAAGAGUUGUGAAGAUGAAGGGGAAACCACAAAAGCGUCUGACUUUUCAGGAUGUGACGAUGUCGAAGAAACCGACAAGUCUCAAAAUCAUGACGCUACCACCACAGAAGAACCUUGCGAGGAUACCGAUGAACAGGACACUAAUUUGUGUCCCCAGUUUAUGCCAGCCCAAGGACCAAAACAACCCAGACCACCUCCAUCGUACCGCUAUCGCAAGCCCGUGAAAAACUACGUGGAGCCCAUUCUGUACGAGGGUAACUUUGCCAAGCCCCUUCAACGAAUGGCUCCAGUUGCGCCCCAGCAGAGGGACUACUUUGUGACCAACAAACAAAUAGUUCCGAGACCAAGGCCCAAGUACAGGAAGCGCAUACCGCCCUCCAUCUACAUGAAUAACAUUGUGCGGGGCUUGGAUUGCAGCGAUGAAGUGGCACAGUAUCCCCAAAGGCCUCCCAAUCAACCGCAAAGGUUCUGGGAUGUAAGGCGUGACAAUCUGCUUCAGCGAAAUCCAGUUUUGAGAAAAAUGGGACCUGAGAGAAAUAUGAUGAGAAGUUUCGCACCAGCUCCAUUUAAAAGACAACCUUUGAUUCCAAGAAGUUCAGAGGAGCGGAUGGAAAGGGAAUUCUUACGGGAAAGAGAUCCCCAACCUCAGCCACAAUACCAUCAUUAUCCCGAUGAGGAAGUGUUUCAAGAGGAAAGGCUGAUGCCACCUGCCACGCCCACUGCCAGCUUGGAUCCCUGCCAAAUGGAGCACGAUCACGCUCUCUUUGGCCAAAGACCACAUCACCAACAGACGGACCAUUUAGUGGAUUAUCCACAAGCACCCACUUCCUCGCACUUUUUCACCUAAUUAACCUUAACCACAACUUAGCCAAGUAGCACACAGAGCACCCAGUAA